GUAGAGCGCCUUCAGUGACGUACAGACGUAAGAAUCUUACUAGUAUGCUAGUUGGUGUUGCCGUGUUUGAAGCUCUAGUGUAAUCUAUAAGUCACAGAAGGUAUAGUCAGUACAUUCUAGGUGGAACAUUACUUCUGGCAGCACCAUGAGUACGUUAUGGAUGGGAAACCUGGAGGCCUAUAUGGAUGAGAAGUUCAUCACCAGAGCCUUUUCCACCAUGGGUGAACAGGCGGUUAAUGUGCGGAUCAUACGCAACAAGAUGACGGGAGGUGCUCUGGGUUACUGUUUUGUGGAGAUGACAGAUGAGGCCACAGCUGAGAGGUGUCUCCGCAAAAUUAAUGGAAAAUCCUUACCGGGAGCCAAUCCGCCCACAAGAUUCAAGCUAAAUCGAGCUACCUUUGGGAAACAGGAGAGUGGUCAGAUGUUCUCUCUUUUUGUUGGCGACCUAACUCCAGAGGUGGAUGAUGGGAUGCUUUAUGAGUUUUUUUACAACCGUUACCCUUCCUGUCGUGGCGGAAAAGUUGUGCUGGACAGCAUGGGCAACUCCAAGGGCUGUGGCUUCGUUCAGUUCCCAGAUGAGCGGCUGCAGAAGCGAGCAUUAGAGGAGUGUCAGGGUGCCAUGGGACUGGGAAGUAAACCUCUGAGAUUGAGCCUGGCUGCUAACAAUUUAAGGAACAAGCAGCAGCAGCAGCAUUCAGAACAAAAAUCCUGGCAGUCCAGCUCUGUAUACAGACAGAGCUAUGACCAGUAUAAUCAAUACCAGCAGACAUAUCCUGGGUAUUACUCCUCUUGGGGCUAUGACCAGACUGGAGGAGCUUAUGGCUAUAACUAUCCACAAUAUGACUACACACAGUAUACCCCUCCACAGGAAAGUGAUGCUGUUGAGGAGGAUGCAGAACUUGAAGAUCCUAGUUUGGAGGUGGAUGUGGUGGAGGCCAAUAGAAAGUUCAUGGAACUCAGUGAGGAGCUGUAUGACGCUUUGAUUGAGUGCCACUGGCAGCCUGCAGAGUUCUCUGCAGAAGACUACUCUAUGACAUCCAGCCUACCAGAACCCCUUUACAGCUGAAGCUGGACACUGUUUGUUCUUUUCUGUGGACUUUCACAGAUUUUGUGCUGUGGCAGAAAUGUGGACCACAUGUUAAGCUAAAGUAUUUUAUUCCAGGGUAUAAACCUUUUGUAAAUUAAAGAACUUCUGCACACUCAGACAUGCUUUUUGUGGCCACAAUUUGCCAUGUUCUAAUGGCUACUUUCAACAUGAUAUUGCGAAGCAUAAGAUAAAAAUGAUGUGUUGAGUUGAUUUCAGUGUUUUGAAGCCAGAACCCAGUCAGUUGGAGUAACUGUGGGAUAUAGGAGAACAUGAGAUUGGCAGCAUGAAUGUGUAGCUGACAAAUCAUGUCAACGUGGAGCAGAUGUCACAGGAAUAUUACCAACAUCUGGUGGAUUCACUGCAUAAACCACUGAGGGUGGUAAAGAGUAGACCUAACUCAGUUUUUGGUAAUUGGCACGUUUGUAUUUUUAAAUAAAAUUCUUAAAGUGUG